AUGCGGAAUGCGAGCUCCGAUCUGGACCGCAGUACGCCGGUGGUAGGAGCCUGGAGUGGGGCUUGGACGAGGGAACAUGGGGCGUGUGGCCCGGCCAGCGGCGAGGAUGGAGCAAAAUUGGGGUUAGGUUUGGGCGACUGCAGCGGAUCUGGCGGCCGUCCGUUGCUUCUCGAAUCGUCGCCCUUGCUCGCCUUUUGCUGCGGUGAAGGGAAGAGAAAGGAGAGUGAGAGCAAGCAAGAAUCACCGGAGGAGGAGGAGGAGGAGGAUAUGGCCAUAUGUUAUUAUUUAUGUAUGUUUUAUAUAUUUUUAAUUAAGGAUAACCUGGAAAUAUAUAUAUCUAUAAAUAGCAACUUGUUGAAAAAUGAACACUGGAACGGAAACCGCCGCUCUCGGGCCAUCAUCGAAACGGCGGAGAUGAAGGAGCCGCGGCCGCGCAAUGAGGGUCGGGGAUGGAGCAUCACCGUCCGCGCCAAAUCCAAGGGCCUGGAUCUGCGUCUCAGCGCAUCGAACCUUUUCCCCCACUGGAACGGCAGCGGUGGAGGCGGCGAAAGGAUCUCCUUCUUCCUCCGCCUCCGCCGCCGAUUCUUCCUCCAAGUCGAGUCCCAGAACCAGCGCCCUGCGCGCCGAGUCCCGGCCCUGCCAAAUGCCUCCUCGGUGAAGCCGCUCGAGUUGGCGAAGAGGAUCUUCCGGCGACCGAGAUGGUUUUCCCGGAAGAAAGCGGCUCCCAAACCUGGAGCUUCCUCGGCCAUUGCAAAGCAGCACCAGUUGCAGGAUUUAGUUGCAGCAAUGGCAGGAAUCCUUUCCUUGAUGAAGAAGAAGAAGAAGAAUCGACUUGGCAUUUCGAUCCAUGCUUUUGCUUCCUUGAUCUUUGUUCAGGAAUUUAGGAACACAAUAAGUCGAGCGGAAGAUGCUGCAGAGGAGAAGGAUGAUGCGGGAAUCGAGUCAACGGGCUCGGUGCAUCUGAGGGAUGAGAAGCUGUGAAAUAGUACACCAAUGGAGUGAGGAGGCACAUGAUGCUUUCGAGAGACGAGAAGCUGAAACAGAAGACUGCUCAAGGAGAAAGCUAUAGUUGGGUUCGGGGUGAGCACAAUUCUAGAAGGUCGGAGGAUCACCCAAGUGAUCGAAGAAGAAGCCAACAACUAGCACAUAGUUGACCAAUCCAGGAGUCGGGUGCCUGAAUCACCAAGGUGUCUGGCAAGCGCCUCAUCGUAGUGUUGUUGCUGUGGAUUUCCUUUGGGUCCAUGUAAGUAAUGGUUUGGGCGCCCAUACAUGAUCCAGGGGCUUGGACAUAGAAAAAAUCGAUCUCGAAGUCGUUGCAUGAAGAUAAAGUUUGUCUCGCUAAGGGUGCUCGAAGAUGGUCCAAGCACCUGGAGAUUCACAUCAACAAACAACUAGUUUCAAUCAGUUAGCUAUAAAUAAAGUCUUGGUCUUCUUCAU